UCUCUCUCACAUUACUUUAUCAUUUUAAUUUGGAUUCACAGAUUCAUAAUCCCACUCACACUCUUCAACCCUCCACAUUUUGCAGUGAUUAGUACUUAAUUAACACUUUCAUUGCUUUUUUAUAUUUUGUUGAAAAGUCAAAACCCCAAAAAUCUCUUUUUUUUUUCUUUUUCUUUUCAUUCCUUCAAACACUUGCCACCCAUUUUCAAUUUUCCUCCAAAGUUUCGUUCUUUUCUUAUCUAGUUAUUCAAAGUUUCGUUCUUUCCCAUUUGGGGUGCCUUCAAUUAACGCACAAGAUCAGAUCUAUUUACAUUUUUCUUGUGGAACAAAUAACUGAAGUAGAGGGUUCUUUUGAUAGAGUUGUUUUUCUGUUUCUAUUGAUUAUUACUAUGAACAAAAGCUUUGUCUUUGAACUGGAGUGGUUUUAGUCUGAAUUCUGAGAUAUUGCAGCCAGGAGAAUUUAGUAGAGUCAAUAGUUGGAUUGGAGAUUUAGAAAAUUCAUGCUUGAGAAAGUGAAAAAGUGAAGAUUUUUAAAAAUGAUUGUGAGGAAAAACAUGGGGAGGGUAAAAUCACUACUUAUGUUGCUUAUGGUGUUGGGGUUUUUCUUUGCAACUUAUAAUUUGGUGUCUUUGAUCAUAGACCAUAAGGCAGGAAGAGAUGGUUUGGAAUCUUUUGAUGAAAAAGUGAUUGGAUUUACAAAUACUAAUUCAAAAUUCCAUGUUGCUGUUACCGCAACCGAUGCUGCUUAUAGCCAAUGGCAAUGCAGGAUCAUGUACUAUUGGUAUAAGAAGACGAAGGACAUGCCUGGAUCGGCCAUGGGAAAGUUCACCCGAAUUCUGCAUUCGGGAAGGGGAGAUCAGUUGAUGAAUGAAAUUCCUACUUUUGUUGUUGAUCCUCUUCCUGAGGGCUUGGAUAGGGGUUAUAUUGUCCUAAAUAGACCAUGGGCUUUUGUUCAGUGGCUGGAGAAAGCAAAAAUUGAUGAAGAAUAUAUUCUGAUGGCAGAACCUGACCACAUAUUUGUUAAUCCUUUGCCUAAUUUGGCUACUGACACCGAACCGGCAGGGUAUCCAUUUUUUUAUAUAAAACCAGCUGAAAAUGAGAAAAUUAUGAGAAAAUUCUAUCCUAAGGAAUAUGGUCCUGUUACUAAUGUUGAUCCCAUUGGCAACUCCCCUGUAAUCAUCCACAAGUUUUUGCUGGAGGAAAUAGCUCCCACAUGGGUGAAUGUUUCUUUGAGAAUGAAAGAUGAUCCCGAGACGGAUAAAGCUUUUGGAUGGGUGCUUGAAAUGUAUGCUUAUGCUGUGGCAUCCGCGUUGCAUGGUAUAAAGCAUAUUCUUCGAAAAGACUUUAUGCUGCAGCCACCGUGGGACUUAGAGGUAGGGAAGAAGUUUAUCAUACAUUAUACAUAUGGAUGUGACUACAAUAUGCAGGGGAAACUGACCUAUGGGAAGAUCGGAGAAUGGCGUUUUGACAAGAGAUCGUAUCUUACGGGUCCUCCGCCCAAAAACCUUUCCUUACCACCUCCUGGAGUUCCCGAAAGUGUGGUGAGGCUUGUAAAGAUGGUGAAUGAGGCUACUGCAAACAUACCUAACUGGGAAUCAUUAAAUAGAAGCUAAUUGAGAGAAAGAUAAUGAACCAUAAAACGCUGCUACGCCAUUGACUUUAAGAUGAGGAUCACAAACACUAAUUACAUGUCAAAAUAGAUUAGUUUAUGCAAAUACAAAGGGUGAUUUUGUGCUUGGUCUGAAGAUAGAAUUUGUUUUUUUAUUUUAUUUUAAUAACCAGUUAAAUUUUAAGUUAAUUCUUUUGCAUUCAAACAUGUACAAGACAUUUUGCCAAACAUACUUUUUGCCAACUGAUUGAUGUCAAAGUGCAAUGAAUGAAUGAAACAAAAAUUGUCCUCCCAACAGGUUUGACUUCAAUGGAAGUAGAUUUGUGUUA